AUUCAACAUCCAUAUAUACAGUAAAACAAGAUGGCAGGACUACCCCGCAGGAUUAUAAAGGAAACUCAGCGUUUGCUGGCAGAGCCUGUUCCUGGAAUAAAGGCUGAGCCUGAUGAGGCAAACGCACGCUACUUCCAUGUGGUGAUUUCAGGGCCCCAGGACUCCCCUUUUGAAGGUGGCACCUUUAAACUUGAACUCUUUCUGCCAGAGGAGUAUCCCAUGGCAGCACCCAAAGUGCGAUUCAUGACCAAAAUCUACCAUCCCAACGUGGACAAGCUUGGUAGGAUAUGCCUGGACAUCUUGAAAGAUAAAUGGUCCCCUGCUUUGCAGAUCCGCACAGUGCUGCUAUCAAUCCAAGCAUUAUUAAGUGCACCUAACCCUGAUGACCCACUUGCUAACGAUGUUGCAGAGCAGUGGAAAUCAAACGAAGCCCAAGCCAUUGAGACAGCUCGCACAUGGACCAGGCUUUAUGCUGGAAACAACAUUGAGGUAUAGAAGAAAACAGACAACCACUGGACGUAAACACAAAACCAAGAAGAUCUCCUUUAUUUGCAUUUAAAGGACACAGUCUUAGAUAAAAACAAGUUAAAAGCAAGC